AUGUUCAGGCAAAUCCCGAAAUUUUCAGUAAUCAGGGCGUCAUGUUUUGCAAGCAGGUGUUUUUAUAGCUCAAAAAGCUCUAAUGCCACGUAUAUAGCAAGCUUGCUGGCAGAGUAUGACAAAACAACGAACAGAUCAAAGAAACCUAGACUGAAAUCACGAAACGAUCCAAAACCAAGCUUCAAAGGUGCAAAGGCAAAGAAACCAGAUCGUCAUAUAAACCAAACGGGAAAGGAACGUGAUAGAGAAGCCCUGAAAGUUGUGUUAGAUGAAGUCCAGUCAAAGUAUAAGAGCAACAAUGCCAUUGUUAUUCUUCCAACGGGAAAUCUUGAAGAAACUCAGCUUUCUAAAACUUCACUAACCUUGAACCUCGAUGAGCAUGGGCUGCAGGUGGUUGGUGAAAAAAAGGACUCCAAGGGAAGAUCUGUUCCCCUAGUGAAAGUAGUUGACCGUCAAACAGCUAUAAAAAACUACAGUGACUACCUUCAUCAACAGGUGACCCGCAAGUUCAGUUCCUCGUUCAGAAAAGCCAUUAAUACGUCCAACGUGGCCAAUAAAGAUCCUUGGAAAGUUAUCAAAGUGUCGUGGAACAUUUCUCCUCAAGAUCUUGCCUCUCAAAAGUGUAAUGAGAUUGAACAAAUGCUGAACAAAGGCCAGAACGUUUACAUCCUCAUUGGCUCUAAAGGAGUAAUAAAUAAGUCAAUUGACAAUCCAGAGGACUUGUUCAAUGAGCAACACAAACGGGAAGUCAGCUUAGAUGACAUUGAGGCUCUUCGUCGUCAGAAAAUAGUGGAUACUUUGGACUCAAUGUUGGAAACUCUACCGACUAGUAGUAUCGGCAACGAUGGUUCAAUUUCGGACAAAAUCAUUUAUAAAAUCAAAGCCCAGCCAAAGAAAGAUGAUAAGGAUGAAAAGAAGAGGUUGAAAGAAUUGAAAAAACAGGAAAGACAGGAAAAAAUUAGACUUCGUACUGAGAAAAAGAGAGCUGAAAGUAAAGCUUAA